CCUCUUUGAUCUCUUCGCCGGAUCUCUUCUUCUCUCUCGUGCGUGGGUUUAAGGUGUUACAGAUUGAAUUAGCUGCGGCCAUUGUUUGAGAGGUGUUACGGAUUGAAAUCGCUGCAACCACUGUUUGAGAGGGACAGCUCAAAAACAAUGUCAACUAUCGAGGGUAGUGAUAAUCUUGCAUGGAGUGAUGAGCAAACUCGUUUCUAUCUUCAACUAAGACUUGAUGAGAAGCUUAAAGGAAAUAUAAGAAAAGAUAAAGUGAAUGAGGCUGGGAGACAGUCCAUUAUAGAUAAGUUUUAUGAGGUGUAUGGGAAAAGACAUCCUUGGAAAAAAUUUGGGAUCAAAUUUACUGCUUGCAAGAAGCAGUACGAAACUUUAAGGAAACUGACUCACAACAGAACUGGACUUGGUUAUUAUGCAAAUGGGUCCAUACACAUGUCUGAGGAUUGGUGGAACGAUCGGUGUAAGGAAUGGCCUGGAGCUAGGAAAAUAAAAGAUAAACCAGUGCCAAACACAGAUUUGAUGCAAAUGAUGGAAUCAUAUGAGCAGCAUGGUGAUGAAAAUGAUGUGCAUGUUCCAUAUGUACCUUCUGGUGACAGAAUUAUGGAGGAUAUGCGGGAUUCUAUCACUACAGAGAUGGCUGAAGGAACAAGACUUCCAUAUUAACAGCUCCCGGUAUUUCAACGUUAUGAUUCUUGGUCCUACACAAUCACCUUAUGAAGGAGUUGGGUUUGAAUCGAGAAGCAAAUACUUGUUUGGUAACGUCUCUAUCUAGAUUAAGCAAAUCGAGGAACAACACCAAUCUCUGCUUGCUCUGUUUUAAGACACUGCUUUGAUUAUUAUGUCUCUAAUCUUACAUUAUGAAUGUUGUAUUUCACUAAAGUAAUGAUGUUGGU